UGACAUGUGCAUGUAAUACACAGCCAUAUAGUUACCUGGUGCUGCAGGUAACUAUAUGGCUGUGCAUUACGUGCAUGCACAUUUACAUGCAUGCACAUAUUAGUCACAGUGAUUUAUGCUGAAUGCUGACGUCUGAAUGAAGACAGACAGGGUUGACUUGAGGAGGAAAUGUGUCGCAGUUUCUCCUGCACAGAGUCCUGUAAAUUAAUUUAUUACCCUGUUCAACAGUGUUAAUCCUGCUUACCCUCCUCUUUCCUGUGUUGCCAUGGAUAUGCUAUUCCUAUGGCAACUGCAUGCCUUUGUGGAUGGCCUCGGGCCCCCGCCAUAGAGGACUCUCUGAACCUUUCAUUACACAUUCCCUUCAAGCUCACAAGCAACUCAUAGAAGUCACACAUAGUCCUACUCUUUGAUUGUGGCAUUUUUUUAUAUAUUUUUUUUUUUGUUCUGGCUUGCCGCCGCUUUGUCUCUGUGUUUGACCACAAACGGAGCUCAUGAUAAAAGAUGCUCAUAGGGAAUGUGAUCAGAUUUGAGGCAAAAUCCCCUGUCACAAGAGUCAGGGCUUCAAGCAUUCUAAUAUCCAGCAGCAAUAGAAACCAGAGCUCCGCUUUAAAGAUUCAUGAGGUCCCUUAGAAAACAGAGAACAGUGUCUAAACCAGGGAAAGUGAUUCUGUGUCAGAGCAACAGACAAGCAUUGGAGUGGCUGUAGUUGGAACUCGGGACUUGAGCUGAGGCAGAUUUCAGUGUCCACGCUAUUAGCUGUGCAGGAAGAGAGCGUGUUAGGUGAGCGUGGCGGGUGGAGGACCUCCACCUGCUGAAUGAACCCUGUUAGCAUUGGGGAGUACCAUGGGCUACGGGUGGGCUCGGCCCUGCUCUGCAUUGUCGCCGGCUGCAUCAUCAUCGGGGUGUCCAGGGAAUGUGACGCGGAUGCUGUGGGAGGAAUCUUCCUGGGAGCCGGAGGCCUCGGCUUGCUCAUUUCAAUCUAUCCCUUCAUAAAAGCCUGGCUCAAUAUCAACAACAUCUUGCCAUCUUUUGGAAAUUUCAGAGUUCACCCCGCUGCAGCUAUUACUGAUCAACCCGCUGAGACACUAAGACGAGAGGGCACUCAGAGUCACAUCCAACUGGAGCGCUCGAAGAGUCGAAUGGGAACCUUCGUGGAGGGAGGACCAACGGCUGAGCCCAAUCCAGAUGAGGGGACUUCAUCAGACAUGCCAGAUGUCUUAUCGAGACGGAAACUGAAACAGCCACCCACCGAUCAAGACCUUGCGUGAUGUCAUCAUGUGGCACGACCGGACCAGUGGAGACUUCAAUUCUCUCCUGCUGCAGCGUUCUCUGUGCAGCUCUUGUUUCAGCUGAACUGCAGGUUUCCAUUGCCUCCUUAUAGUAUGUAAACUAUGUGGUCUAAUAAACCAAACAACGAU